GGCGGUGGAGAGGAGCAGCUCCAACUUCUGCUGUUGUUUGAUGCACUUUGAGCCUCGAAACCCAAAGUCCAGCUUCUACAAGGACAGAUAGGCUGAAAGCGGAGCCUUCUGCUGGAGGAAAUCCAAUCCCGUGAAAAGCUGAAUAAGUGCUUUCUCUCCCUCUGAGGCAGAGAUAGCGCUGCCGGGCUGAGGGGGGAGAAUCCGCGCGCACAUCCAGAGGAUGGCAGAGUUCAAAAGGAGAUGAGGAGCGCAGAGUGGAGGAGGUCUGUGCGCGGAACCUGAGAGCAGCACGAGCCUUUUGUCUCUUUGCGCGCUUGGAGCGGAGCUGACAGUGAGGAUGAUGAUGGUAAAAGCCUCCUAACUUCACCCCGGUGCGCGCGCGCGGUGCAGAUUCCCUCAGGAGUGCAGAUGGAUCGGUCAGGACAGGUUUCCUCCAUCGGGCUUCCAGUUUGGAGUUCCACCUGAGCCGGGCGUGUCUGGUGUCAGCGAUAUGAGUUCAGAGCCCGCUAAGAUGUGGAUCGGCUCGCCUUCGGCAGGAAUCUGACAUCUGGACGAGGCUCGGAUCGAACCAUGGACCUGUUAUGGUGUGGCGUGGGACCAGAGCUGUCCUGUUGACCCAUUUGUAGUGCCCUCUACCCCCGCCCCAUGCCACACUUUCUUCCUGAAUUAUGGAAAUCUUGUGGAAGACUCUGACUUGGACGCUGAGCCUGGUGCUGAUGGCGGCUUCCGAGUUUCAGAGCAGGCUUUCCUACAACUCUCAAGAGGAGUUCCUGUCCUACCUGCAGCACUACCAGCUGACUGUCCCGGUGCGGGUGGAUGAGAAAGGAGACUUCCUGAGCUACACUGUGAAGCACCAGCGACCGGGCCGGCGGAGGCGAGGACUGGCGGACCCCGCGGUGGGCUCAGACCCUCCAGAAACCCAGAUGUUUUACAGGCUGUCGGCCUACGGAAAGCACUUUCACCUCAACCUGACGCUCAACCCCCACCUGGUGUCGAAGCAUUUCACGGUGGAGUACUGGGGCAGGGAGGGGCCCGAGUGGCGGCACAGCGCGGUAGAUAACUGUCACUAUGUGGGAUUCCUGCAAGAUCAAGACUCUACGACAAGAGUGGCCCUCAGUACCUGCAGGGGUCUGCACGGCGUAAUAACCACAGAGGAGGAGCAGUAUUUGAUAGAGCCUUUACAGAACGCGUCUGCUGCCCCCUUCAGUGACCGCAGCCAGAAGGAAGAAGCACACCAGCAUGUUAUUUAUAAAAUGUCUGCCAUUCCCUCACCACAAGAGCAAAGCCAGGAGUUCAGCUGUGGCAUUUCAGAUCUCAUAAAAAGCGAUGCACCUUGCCAGCUCAGCACGUCCUCCGCUCUUCACUCGUCCCCUCACAACCACGAGCGGUCAAACAACACCCACCGACGGAGGCGCUCCGUCAGCUCCGAGCGCUUCGUGGAGACGCUCGUGGUCGCCGAUAAAAUGAUGGUCGGUUACCACGGUCGCAAAGACAUCGAGCACUACAUCUUAUCUGUGAUGAAUAUUGUUGCCAAACUUUAUCGUGAUGCCAGUCUGGGAAAUGUUGUGAACAUCAUAGUGACCCGGUUGAUUGUUCUCACCGAGGAUCAGCCAAACCUGGAGAUCAAUCAUCAUGCAGACAAGUCUCUGGAUAGUUUCUGUAAGUGGCAGAAAUCCAUUCGGUCCCAUCACAGCGGAGGAAACAGUAUUCCAGAGAAUGGGAUGGCUCAUCACGACAAUGCCGUCCUCAUCACCCGGUAUGACAUCUGCACCUACAAGAACAAACCCUGCGGGACUUUGGGCUUGGCCUCGGUGGCUGGAAUGUGUGAGCCGGAAAGAAGCUGCAGCAUCAAUGAAGACAUUGGCCUGGGCUCUGCUUUCACCAUCGCGCACGAGAUAGGCCACAACUUUGGGAUGAACCACGACGGGAUCGGGAAUUCCUGUGGCACCAAAGGCCACGAGACAGCCAAACUGAUGGCUGCUCAUAUAACAGCCAACACCAACCCUUUCUCCUGGUCCGCCUGCAGCAAAGACUACAUCACCAGCUUUCUGGACUCAGGUCGAGGGACCUGUCUGGACAAUGAGCCCCUAAAACGAGACUUCCUGUACCCAACGAUGGCACCGGGGCAAGUGUACGAAGCGGACGAGCAGUGUCGCUUCCAGUACGGAGCUUCAUCACGUCAGUGCAAGUAUGGGGAAGUGUGUAGAGAGCUCUGGUGCCUUAGCAAAAGCAACCGCUGUGUAACCAACAGUAUCCCAGCUGCAGAGGGGACUCUGUGCCAGACUGGCAGCAUUGAGAAAGGGUGGUGUUACCAGGGGGACUGUGUUGCGUUCGGCACCUGGCCUCAGAGUGAGGAUGGAGGAUGGGGGCCAUGGUCCAUGUGGGGGGAGUGCAGCAGGACCUGUGGGGGCGGUGUAUCCUCCUCCACCAGGCACUGUGACAGCCCAGCACCUUCUGGAGGAGGAAAGUACUGUCUUGGUGAGAGGAAGCGAUACAGAUCCUGUAACAUUGAUGCCUGCUCUGCCGGGUCUCGAGAUUUCCGAGAGAAGCAGUGUGCCGACUUUGACAACAUGCCUUUUCGUGGGAAGUACUACAACUGGAAGCCUUACACUGGUGGUGGUGUGAAGCCAUGUGCAUUGAACUGCCUGGCAGAGGGCUAUAACUUCUACACAGAGCGCUCCCCUGCAGUAAUUGAUGGAACGCGAUGUCAGGCUGACUCUCUGGAUAUCUGUAUCAACGGAGAGUGUAAGCACGUGGGCUGUGACAACAUCUUGGCCUCCGACGCGAAAGAAGAUCGAUGCCGUGUGUGCGGAGGAGAUGGCAGCACCUGUGAGGCCACAGAAGGACUAUUUAACGAGUCUCUACCCAGAGGAGGCUACAUGGAGGUGGUUCAGAUCCCAAAAGGAUCUGUUCACAUUGAGAUUAAAGAAGUCAUUGUGUCAAAGAAUUAUAUUGCUUUGAAAUCUGAAGGUGAAGAUUAUUACAUCAAUGGCGCAUGGACCAUCGACUGGCCCAGGAAGUUUGAAAUCGCAGGAACAACUUUUCACUACAAGAGACCCACCGAUGACCCGGAGUCUUUAGAGGCCCUCGGACCCACCACAGAAAACCUGGUGGUCAUGGUCCUCCUCCAGGAACAGAACCUGGGUAUUCGCUACAAGUUUAAUGUGCCCAUCCAGCGGACCGGAAGCGGUGACAACGAGGUGGGCUUCGCCUGGCACUAUCUACCCUGGUCUGAAUGCUCAGCUACUUGUGCUGGAGGUACCCAGAAGCAGGAGGUGCUGUGCAAGAGGUUUGAUGACAAUUCGGUGGUGCAGAACAGCUACUGUGAUUCCGACAGCAAACCCCCAGAGAACCAGAGAGACUGCAACAUAGAGCCAUGUCCUCCAGAGUGGUUUAUUGGUGACUGGUCUGAAUGUGGGAAGACUUGUGAUGGUGGGAUAAGGACGAGGACAGUACUGUGCACCAGGAAGAUUGGGCCUGCCAAGGAAGAGACACUGAAAGACUCCCACUGUCUGACUCACCGACCCAUUGAAAAAGAGACCUGCAACAACCAGUCCUGCCCACCUAAGUGGGUCACGCUGGAAUGGUCUGAGUGCACACCCAAGUGUGGCCCUGGCUUCAAGCAUCGCAUCGCCUUGUGUAAGAGCAGUGACAUGACUAAAACCUUCCCACCCAGCCACUGCCCGAGCCACAAUAAACCCCCGGUCCGAAUCCGCUGCAGUUUAGGACGGUGUCCUCCUCCUCGAUGGAUCCCUGGUGACUGGGGACAAUGUUCAGCACAUUGUGGCCUGGGCCAGCAGAUGAGGACUGUGACCUGUCUGUCCUACACUGGACAGCUAUCCAAUGAGUGUCCAGAGUCCCAACGACCAGCCACCAUGCAGCAAUGUGAAAGCAAAUGCAACUCCACACCCAACUCCAGUGGCGACGAAUGCAAAGAUGUCAACAAAGUGGCUUAUUGCCCGCUGGUUCUAAAGUUCAAGUUCUGCAGUCGAGCAUACUUCAGACAGAUGUGCUGCAAGACUUGUCAGGGUCAUUGACCCUUGGAGCGCUUGAACCAGACAAAACAGCAAUAGGUGGAGGGCUACAAAAGGGAGGAGACGAUGGAGACGCACUUCCCUGGUGAAAGGAAUAAAAACGAUGCAGGCUAUUAAAGCAAAGACUGGUGGAGGAAAGAAAAAGAGAAACACGGAUUUCCCUCGUCAUCAAACCUGGUUCUCCUGCUCUUCAUCACGGUGGAAUCCAAACCACUGCUCAGCCUAAUGCGCUGACACAGACAUUUCUUUUUUCUGUAUUUUAUUUUCACUUCUGUGAAGUGGAACUUGGAAAAUUAUAUGUUGGUGAUGUUAUUUUAUUAUAAUAAUAAUUGUUAAUGUUAGUCUUCCUCCGUGUUUUAAUCCAAAGUGCUGGACACAUCUCUCACAGAGGAUGACGAAAGAGGGAGAUCGGCAGACGAACAAGUCAGACUCCUGUCUUUGAGAGACUGUGAUGGUGCUAUUGGCAGGCUGACAUUUGGCAUCAGUGCACUUUUUCUUGUAAAUACGUUGCCAGUUUACCCCUCGACUCCAACAGAGAAACCCCAUCGGUGUACUGUAUAUUUAUUGUACGAUUCCAGAGCAGAAAUAUUGCCGUUUGUUGCUUCUGUCAGAAAGUAGCCUACUGGCAUGAGAAGGAAUGUAAUGUGACUAAUUCCAGACAUUAUUGUAUACUGUAAAAUACAUUAAUACUAUAUAUGAUGUAAAUCCAGGAUUAUAAAACACAGUUUUAGGAGGAUCGUUGAUUUUUUUUUUUUUUUCCUAAUGGUGGUGCCUUGGUUCACUCCCAGUUAAAACUGAUUUCAAAUUGUUGAACAGUGCCUUGUUACAUAAAAUGCCUUCAUGUUUAGUGAAAUCCCCAUUCAGGUUCAUGACGUAGAAAUCCUUGCAAAGGAGAAUUUUACAAAUAGCAUUCCAUUCCUUAUGAGGACUGGAGUUAUGAUUUCUCACUACUUUUUGGACCUCAAGAUUCACCACAUUUAUUACAUUUCUUACCCAAAUUAAAAUAAUUCCUAAACACCAUAGCUUCGGUGAUGGUCUAAACUUAUGUUUAACUUUCAGAACAUUAGCUUAACAUUUAAUGCACUAAUUCCUAAACAGAUGAUGCUUUUGGCAGAAUUUAAAAUUUGCUUUUUCUAUUUAAAAAAAAAAAAAAAAAAA